GCUCGUGGGUGAGCGUCUGGGAAGCGCUGCCAUGGCGUUUCGCAAGAAGAGCGCCAAGAACCCCCCGGUGCUGAGCCACGAAUUCAUCCUGCAGAACCACGCGGACCUCGUGGCCUGCGUGGGGAUGUUCUUCGUGCUGGGGCUGAUGUUCGAGGGCACGGCCGAGGCCUCCAUCGUCUUCAUCACCCUCCAGCACGGCGUCCCCUUCCCCGCGGCCGAGGAACGAGCCCCGGAAUCCAAGUUCCUGUACUACUACGGCGUCAAGGACCUGGCCACGGUGUUCUUCUACAUGCUGGUGGCGAUCAUCAUUCACGCCACCAUUCAGGAGUACGUGUUGGAUAAAAUCAACAGGCGAAUGCAGUUCCCCAAACCGAAACAAAGCCGCUUCAACGAGUCGGGCCAGUUUAGCGCCUUCUACCUCGUGUCCUGUAUCUGGGGCACAUUCAUCCUAGUUUCGGAAAACUGCCUGUCGGACCCAACCCUCUUAUGGAGGGCCCCUCCUCACAACAUGAUGACCUUUCAAAUGAAGUUUUUCUACAUAUCCCAGCUGGCUUACUGGUUCCAUGCCUUCCCUGAACUCUACUUCCAGAGGAUCAAAAAGCAGGACGUCCCCCGCCAGCUGGUCUACAUCGGCCUUCACCUCUUCCACAUCGCCGGAGCUUACCUGUUGUACCUGAACCACCUGGGCCUCGUCCUUUUGAUGAUGCACUACUUCGUGGAAUUCCUUUCCCACAUCUGUGACCUGUUCUACUUCAGUGACGACAGGUACCGCAAGGAGUUUUCCCUGUGGGCCGUUGUGUUCAUCCUGGGCCGGCUUGGGACGUUGAUCGUCUCGGUGGUGACUGUUGGCUUUCACCUGGCAGGAGGGCAGGCUCGGAACUCCGACGCCACCGCCGGGAACGUCAACGUGCUGGCCGCGAAAAUCGCGGUGCUCUCGUCCAGUUGCACCAUCCAAGCGUACAUAACCUGGAAUUUAUUUAAUGUCCAGCUUCAGAGGUGGAUGGAGGAAGACGCUACCCUGCAGGCCCCAAGUGUGAAGAAGAAACGGACUAAAGGGAGGUCUUCCAGAAAAGGAACAGAAAAUGGGGUGGCGACUGCGAACAGAGUAGACUCUCCCCAUAAAAGGAAAGAGAAACCUUCCUAAUGAGUUCCAAGCUGACUGACGCCUGGCCCCAAAGAAGUCUGCUCUGCUAUGACAUACCUGUGCGCUAGAGAUUUUUUCUGUUCUUGAAAAUAACUUGUGCUGUCUUCGAUUUGCUAUUGUUCUGAUUGUUCUGUGUAAUGUAUUCUUUUUUUUUUUUUUUAAAGGCAUUGGAGGGGAGGAUGAUUACUAUGAGUGGGGAAAAAAAUUUGAUAUGGACUAAGCUACUCAUCAUCAAGAUGGUUCAGGGAUCGCCACCAUAUUUUGUUUUGUUGCGUUGGAACAUUUUCUUAAUGAUUUGCAGAGAGGACUAAAAACUCCCGCCUAUCAGUGACACAGUUUCUUGCCCCUGCCAAUCUUUUAGAGCGGUCGCAAGGUGGUCUGGUAUUUUGAAUAUUCCCCUUUAGGGUAAAACGGAAUUAUUAUAAAGGUGGAACUCAACUUCAUUACGUUUUUCAGUGUUCUCUAAUUCUUAGAAUUUUUAAAUUUUUGUUUGAUUUUUUUUUUUUUUUUUUUUUUUUAGAACUUACAGCGGGAGGAGACAUUUGUUAAAACCACCAAAAUAAUGAUGCGUUUUAUAGAUAGCGGUUGUUAAUGUUACAUCCCCAUUAAAAAAAAAAAAAAAAACCACUAAUGGGUAAUAUGUGGAAAUUUAUUACCAUAUAUUGAAUUGAAAUAUCUUGAAUUAAUAUAAGAGUGUUACUGGAGAGGUAAAUCAUUCUUGUCCAUUUGAAACCCUUGUAAACUAGAAAUGAAAAAAAUUAAAUAUUUACUGUAAAAGGA